AUGGCUAGUUUCGGCGAGAGAGUUGAUCUUACCGCCAACAUCGAGUCGAUCUUAAAGCGUUAUCCUUUCAGCAUCGGGAUCUUCCGGGAAUUACUGCAGAACUCAGACGAUGCCAAAGCGACGAGCCAGGCUAGUACUCAACACUCGUCACAGAUCUUUGUGUUUGACAGUCGUAUUCAUCCCAGCGAGCAUCUCAUUGAGCCGAAGUUCGCAAAAUUGCAAGGCCCUGCAUUUAUAGCGUACAACGAUGCUACAUUCAGCGACGAUGACUGGGACGCACUUCAGAAUAUCAGCCGCUCUUCUAAAAAAUCGGAUACUUCGAAAAUCGGCAAAUACGGAAUCGGAAUACGCUCUUGUUACCAUUUGACGGACAACCUCGAGGUUUUGUCGGGAAACUCAUUUGUUAUCUUUGAUCCUCAUCGUAAAUUGAUAGAUGAAGGAGGUAGAAAAUGGUCGUUGGCGGAUGUCAAGGAUACUUUUGGCGAUCAGCUAUGCCCAUUUCUUUCGUUCUCGAAUGCGGGUUCCACAUUUGACGGAGCUGCGAUCCGUCUGCCAUUGCGCCAAGAAGGUCAUCAAAGUCGCCUCAGUUCUAAAGUUCCGCAACCAGAUGAAAUCAGGAAACUCCUCCUUGAAUUCGUCGAAGAAGAACUCGGGGUGGUGAUGCUCUUCCUCUCCAGCAUCAAGUGCAUCGAAAUUCGAGAGAUUGAUAAUGGGGGUGAAAGGACGUUAGCCAAAUGUGCCAUCCAACGCCAGCACCCAAUCACUAGUUCGAACCAUCUUGUCCAGUCUCGUGUUUGUACGAUUGUGUUGGAACGAUUCACCAAGGAUGGCGCUGCUGAAUGCCGUGACGUUUACACUUGGCGAGUUUGGAGCACAGCCUUCUCUCACAAUCAUUGUAUCAACUCUCUCGCUGCGCGAAUUGGGCAAAACCCCGGGCACGACAUCCGCUCGGAUAUCGAGAGCGAAAAGCUGUGCCCACGAGAGGGCACUCCUGUAUCAAUUGCGAUCCCUAUUCGCAAUGAUGGCACUCCUGUAGCGACCACAAACGGGAGACUCUUUACGUACCUUCCCCUUCCACUGAAGACCGGAUUCCCAUGUCAUGUCCACGCGUUGUUUGCUCUCACCGACUCCAGGGAUCAUCUACGGAACAGUGGGGAAGUGAUUCUCGCAGGAACUCGUGACAAACUGCUGAUUGUAUGGAACGAGGUGCUCUUCGAAGACUUGAUUCCGGAAGUGUGGGCAACUAUGCUACGCGAUCAAUCAGCGUCAUGCAAUCCUUCAGACGAAUACAGUAUCUGGCCUCCUCAACAAUACAAGGCUACUAGCGGGGAGUCUGUAUAUUGGCAAAAGAUGCCAGAAAAGGUCUUGCGCGUCGUGGAGCAAGGAAGGCAUGCCGUAUGGCCAAUCGCUGGCUUGCGAGACCAGCCGCAUCUAUCCCUUGAUGCCAUCUUCGUUGCCCCACCGAGUCAAGACCGCUCGCUUCUAAAUUCGCUCGUCAAUGCAGGAAUAAAGGUAGCGCAGCCUCCGGCCUAUAUCUUCGACCUGUUUGAUACGAAGAGUACCCAACACUUGACACCCGCACGUGCACAUGCAGAAUUACGUGACGCAUCAUACUCUGAGCUAAGACAACUCAAGUCUGCCGACAGAAGCGCGAUUUUAUGUUAUCUAAUAUCGUCGAAUGACUUAGCUUUGCUCGCCAAUCUGGAACUCAUACCAACUGUCUCAGAGAAGCACAUCUAUUUGGAGGCCAGCAGUGUCCGCGACUCGCAUAUGUACACUCUGUUAGACGCGAAGGAGGCUGACCUUUUCCGUCACCGUGACGGCGACGCAGUUGCCCUCCAUAUGCUGCCAGAUGUAGUAGCGAAUCAGCUAGCCGUCCAUGGCGAGGGAAAACUGAACGUCGUCCGACUUUACCCCUCCCGUGUUGUGGAAUACCUCCGUGUGGAGUUGAAUACGACGCCUGUUUCCGAGACAUUCUCUCGCUGGCUGCUUAAAUUUUGGAAGUGGAUGCCUUCCUGGCACUCAUCAUUUGAGCUCCUCGAUGCGAUUAAACAUCUGUGCAUUCUUCCUACCACGAAUGGCCGUCUUCAAGUUGUGAAAGAGGGCACGUUUCGGGAAGAGGACAAUAUGGAAUCGUCACUAUGUGAGACCAUGGGAGGAUUGGGUAUAACCUUCUUGCAUCCAGAAUUCCCUGAAGCUGCUGCAGAUUAUCUUAUCUCUCGCAAAUCCGGUAUUAUCAAGGACCUCCGAAGUGCAUCCAACUUGCUUGACAGUUUCACCAUCCCUUCGAAUCACACCCUGGACCCGCAGCCGGCAGCUUUGUUAUGCAGACAUUUGGCCGACUGCCUGGCAAGAUCGGGGCGCCUUACAGAAAAUCAAAUCUCAAAGUUGCGCUCUCUGCCCAUAUUCCCUGCUAACGUUAUUCUGGACGAAGCCAUAGUCGAAUCUCGUCUGGUAGCCCUACCGCCGGGAGCUAUAAUUCAUUGCGUCAGCGAAGCAGCCUCUUCCUUGCUUCCUUCCAUCGACAAUGUAAUAUUCCUUUCCGUUUCCAAUGUCGAACGUGGGAUCUUGGAGCACAUUGAUCUUAGAGCUGCUACUCGGGAGCUCCGAUUAACCGAGGUUGUCGAGCUUGUUGCAGAUAACUUCUGUGAACAGUCGCCGGUAUAUCAAUACGGAUUCCUCACAUACCUGGCCGACCACGAAGAUCUCCAAUCAUUCUCCGUUCUGGAUAAACUCAGGCGCAGUCCCUUUAUCGCCGUUGGAGAGGGGUCGAUGCGAUUUCUUUCCCCUCGGGAUAUCGUUGAUCCUGACUCAUCCAUUUCACAUCUCGUGCUACCAGAGGAAAUGAGGUCUGUCUCAUCUUGCAAUGGUGGGAUCUACUUGGAGAUGUGUGAUGCCUUGCGCGAUCUUCGACUUCUGCGUGAUUUUCUCUCUGUCGAGUUCGUGCAAGAACGUAUUAUGAUAUUGACAAAUAGGGACGUGCUUACGGAGGAUCGCGCUCAAAAUAUGGCGAGGGAGCUUCUUGAUUUGCUAAAAUCAUCGUCCUUCGACUGUAGUGGGCUUCAAAUUGGACCUCAUCUAGAAUGGCUACCGACUCGCCGCGGCCUUCGAUCUUCUACGGAGUGUUUGGGUCCAUACAAUGUGGAGUUAUUUGAUCGCGUUCUACCUGUCGUCGAUGGUCCCAUGAGCCCAUCUCUAUGCGCUGCUUUAGGCUGGAAUCGCCUCGUUCCUUUGGAGACAGUGAAGAAGCAAUUUCAAGUAAUCAUAAAGGAGGGCAACAAUGCAGAAUAUCUAGCAAAAAUUCUCCGUCAUUUCGGGACUCGUCUUCAAGAGUUGAUGGGAUCGAAACAACAUUUUGUUGAUUUGCAGGAGAUGACCAAUUCUCGCCGGUGGAUACCAGUUUCGUGGGACCCAGUCUAUAUUGCAACAAGUUUUGAGGUCGUUUUUAAUAUGCACUUCCCGCUUGGUUUCUAUCGCAUUCCUCCGGAGCUAUCAUCGCGACCAGGAGUGAAAGAAUUUCUCAUCAGAAUGGGAUGUACAGAGCGUCCCUCUGCCUCGGCAAUAGUCCACAGAAUCAAUAUAUUAAGUUCACAGCAAUCUCAACCCCUCCCGCUUGAGAUCAUACAACAAGUCGGCCAGCUUCUUGACGCCGUCCACCUCCGUGACCUGUCAGAGGAAAAGAAGAAACAAAUACUCGUACCUGAUCAUAGCGGAUACAUGCGCAGUUGCCUGGAAGUGUUCUACAAUGAUCUCGGCUAUCGUGCUUGCCGUGUCAAGCUACCCAGCGGUCUAUAUUGUAUCCACAGCGCAAUUCCAUACCAGCUUGCGGAUCGGCUUGGUGUUCGUUCUCUCAGCUCUCUCCAUCUGGAGAUGUUUGAUCUUGAAGACGAGGAUAUGCGCGAGGAUCCCAUCGACCGCAUCAAUGGAGUGUUGUGUCAGUAUUCCAUUGAACAGGCAUUCAACGAGUUUAUUGCGAAUGCAACGGAUGCUGGAGCUAAAUAUUUCUCCAUGAUCUUGGAUGAGAAUCCCUUUGAUAUCACAGGUCUUGAGUUUCUAACACCCCGAUUUGCCCAGCUUCACUUGGACCCAGCACUCAUUGUACACAACAAUGCUCUCUUUAAAGAUUCGGAUUUCAAGGGUAUCCGCCAACUCGGACGGGGAGGGAAACAAGGCCGUGAUGGCGUUAUCGGCAAAUUUGGGCUUGGCGCGCUGACCAUGUUCCAUUUCGGCGAGAUGGCAAUGAUUGUUUCCGGAACAUAUGUACAAUUUCUUGAUCCUGGAACGAUGUUUCUGCCUCACAAGGAAGGCUGUAUGCAUAGUUGCUUGCGGCUCCCGCUCAAAGAAUUACUAAGCCUCUAUAGCGGUCACCUUGCGCGAUUGGAUGGUAUUCAGGGUUUUUCUCUAGACCAAGACUUUUAUGAUGGGACACUUUUCUGGCUUCCUUUGCGAACAAGGAAACAAGCUGAAAGCAGUCGACUAUCUCAAGAUCCUAUUUCAGCGACAAAGGUUCGCAGAAUGAUGGAGUCCUUCGAACUCAAAGCCCCCGAGUCUCUCCUCUUCAUUGAUCUGGAGUUCGUUACAGUGGGAGAAAGGCGGUGGUCCAGAUCUGUCAACAUGACUUGGUCGGUAGUUGCCAAACGCCAACAAUGUUGUUCUGAAGAUCUCUUUGAGAAAACUCGAGUGACAAUCACGCAUACCAACACGUCUAAUAUUAGUGUCAACCGACAUUGGGAUGUUUUCUUCUCACGAUACUCGCGGCAAAUUGUUCCAGAAGAGUUUCAGUCGCUCAUCCGGAAGCACCGAUUGAAGAACUUCGAGGUCGGAUUAGCAGUCCAGUCCCCGCAGCUAAGUCCAGGGCCUGCGAAGAAUGAAAGCCACAGAGACCAGUAUCAAUUCUAUUCAAAUUUACCCCUUCCAAUCACGACUUCACUACCACUCCAUGUGCAUGCUGCCUCUUUCAUUCUUGCUGACGACCGUCGCUCUAUUCGGUUUGAUGACGGCGGAACAUUAAUACCAGAAGCUAAAUUUAACUACUGGGUGUUAUCAGAGCUCAUUCCUCCUCUUUACAUGUUUCUCCUAGAGACAUGGCCUCUACCCCAUAGCAAUGUCGACGUCUGGCCGGGAUCAGUGCCACCACCUGCUGUUGAAGAUCUAUUGUCACGCGCCGUAGCGACGUCAUUCUACCACACGCUAGUUCGAAGCAGCAGAAAGGUCUGCUGUAGCAUCACUACUGCUCGACUAAGCCCUUCAGAGGCUGUAUUCCUUCAUCAUGACGAGCUCUCGGGCGUACGAAAGGUGUUGCUUAUGUUACAGGCACCAGAGUUGGUCAAGCUCCCCACUCUGGUCCACAGAGUAGCACGGAAUUCGAAGGCAAAGAUCCCCUGGAUUGAACGGCACCAUGCGCGAGGCAUCCUUGCGCGGUACAGUGACGAGCUUGUCGAAGCAUACACAGAAAAGAGAGCAUUAUCUGUCACAGGGCGGACCGAAGAGAGAAUACAAGCAAAGCAUAUCGUGGACUGUUUCGCUUACUUGAUAGCGGAUUCGACGCUACAAUUGGAUUUGGAGGGCCUUCCGCUCCUGCCUCUGGCAAGUGGCCACCUUACACGUAUCGAGUCAACAUCAGGAACGAUCAUUUAUGCGAAGAACUGGCCCGAAGAUCAGAAGCCUUGGCCCCUGUUCCCUUCUGAGCGUUUUUUGGAUCCUUGCGUAUACAAUUACAGGCCGUUCCUCGAUCAGUGCCCUAAUGUUGCGGAAUUCACAGCAGCUAAUAUAGCUGAACUGAUCGAGCUUCGUCUACCGAAUUCCAAACAAUCACUUAUGAUCACUAGCCCACAAGAAGCGAAGUGGAUUGAACAGUUUUGGUUGCAUUUCUACCGUUUAGACAUCGAAGUUGACGACGUCAAGACUUUCGCUUUGGUUCCUACCACACAUGCUCUUCAAUAUGUUUCAGUGGACUAUUGUUGCACAAAAAGUGUUCUGGCAAUCCCACCUGAAGACGCACCAGCCUGCCUUGUGCCUGCUCUCGAAAAAAUGCGUGCUAUCUUAGUCGACAGAAACACAAUGCCGGGCUGUGUAAGACGUCCUCUUUCAGUUCUUACUUGCACUAUUCAGAAUGUUCUUGAACUGCUGCAAGACAAUUACGUCGAGAAAGAUGUCCGAGAUCCGUUCAGCCGAUUAUCACAGGAAGAGCACGAAGGAUUUGCGAGCUGGGUUCGAGGUGAACUGGACCAACGCGUACAAUCACUACAAACCACAAAGCUCGCACCUGCGCUCGCCUCUCUUGUGCAUUCUAUUCCAAUAUGGCUAGCAUCACGCGCAAAUCGUAUAGAACUUCGGUCGUUGCACGAUAGAGACGUCGAGAUUCUUCCUUUGAACUUUAAGCUCAGAGAUGUGGCAACUUUCUUACCCACCUCAUUCUACUUCGUAGAGGUUCCGUCCCGAGUGCUCAACUUUCUAGAUCGGCAUCCAAUGGAUUUAAGCAGAUUCCUGUCUUGGCUGGACUAUCCGAAGGUCUUACCGCGUUCCGACAUUCCCUCGUUCAAGCAACUCCUUUCUGCUAUUCUGGAAUCUGACUACAAAGUAGCUGGAGUUACCAAGAUCAAAGUGCCUAAUUCCUCUCGUGUUAUGGUGAUGUCAGAUACGCUGUACACCCGAACAGAUGACAUAUUCCGUGCCGCGUUGGCUACACGGCCCCAACACUUUUUGUGUGGGGACCUCGCAACCUACGAACCGUGGCUCCAUCCGUUCGGUCUUCAUCACGACCAUGACUUCUCCGCAUUCAAGUAUUGUGCUGAAGUUCUCAGUCGCGAUGUCAGGGGACCAAAUCGUCGGGAUAGAGCCUUGACUAUUUUUCCGUGGUAUCAGCAACUACCCAUCCGAAUUGGACACAACGAAACUCAGUGGAAUCAGCUGUCUAGUCUCCGGUUCAUUCCUCGCGCGUCCCUCCGUCGUAGCUAUGAUGAUACUUCUAUUCACGCGGAACAAUACGCUAUUGAAUUACCGGAUGUCAUUAGUCCGAAUGAAGUCCUACGUCAGGAGCACGAAUGCAUCGCAUGGACACAAAGAGCGUUGUUCCAUUCUAAACCAGAUGAACGGCUUCUCUUGGCGGAUAUGCGCUUAGGCGUUCCCUCUGUUGAAGAAGUGGUAAAUCAUCUGGUUGUACUGGCACUGGAAGUAGCACGAGAUCAUACUGGAAACGAAGAAGUGUUCAGGGAUUUGACCAAGACUUACAAGUGGCUUACUAAAAACAGCGAGGAGGCUGGUCCCUACCUCCUUCAGCGCUCAAACGACCCCUUGUUUCUCAAUGUUCAGACCAAAAGUGACCCAUGGCAAUUCAUUUGCGCAGAUCGUCUCAUUUUUAAUGCCCCUGACGAGGAUGAUCGACAACGUGUACGCGCCUUUUUGAUACCAUUUAAAGACCUGCUACUCUCAGCCAAUGCUAACGAGAUCAAACAAGUCACUGCUCCUACCAUAGAACACGAGACAGCGGAGAAUCUGUUCACUCGCUUCCGCAGCGCGUUGAAUGAGCAAAGAAUGCAGCAGAGUCUGACAGACGCUAUACUUCGCAGCGUUGAUGGUGCUGAAUUUCCGAUUCAUCGCUGCUUCCUUUCUGCGUCGAACGAAUAUUUCAACGAUAUGUUCUGCUCUGCGUUCAAGGAAAGCAUGCCGGGUAUGGUAAAGAACCCUAUUCAGGUCGACCAAGACGCAACAUCCAUGCGAUGCGUCCUAGAUUAUAUCUACACCAGAGAUAUUCGCUGCAUAGACACACACGACCAAAAUGUACUCCUGUCCAUACUACGUCUGGCACAUUACUGGAGGGUUCAUAACCUCGUGGAGGAGAUACAAAUCCUUCUGCUGGAUACACUCACGCCGGGCACAUAUAAGACAUUACAAAGAGAAGCAGAACUUCUACAAGCGGAAAUAUUACUGGAGAAGUGCGCAGAGUACGAGCGUAACAACUUCCGAGUCAUGCGUCAGCUGCAUUUAGCAAGUGCAUAA